AUGGAGAACGGGAGCAGAAAUGGGCUGCAUACGAACCACGACAGAGAUCAACGGCCGAAUGGUGUCAACGGAGCCAACCACACCUCUGAAAAGUCAACGGAGAAGGGAAAGGGUCGAGCAGAACCUCAGCAAAAUGUGACACCAGUGAGCCCAACCGCACCACAUGGAGUUAAUGGCGGCUUCAUGUCCCGCUCACGGAAUGGCGACGAGAAGCAAGACUUGAUUCCAGGUGACAUAAAGGCGCGUAUGGACGAGCUUCCGCCAGAAAUCACCCAUAUUGUGGAAGGCCAUCUUCUUUCUUUGAACAAAUUGCUCUCGAGAGUGGCGCAGAAAACGCAUAAUGACUUGGAACGAACGAUUCUAGAUCUGGCGCAAAUGCCAAUCCCGCCUUCAGUAGCGAAUGGCGCUGUGUCGCAUCUAACUCCUGGGGAAGAUAAUGGCAAGGAAAAUGUUGACAAAAAAGCAAGGCUUCUGAAAUUUGCGCAGGAUGCGCAUACGGAAUUGCUCAAGGCCCUGGUUAUUACCAAUUGGAGUAGACGGAGCGCGGAUGUGGCAAAACUGAUCGAUUUGAAAGCUCACCUGGACAAGGAAAAAUUCUAUUACGAGCUUGCAAUACACGAGUUGUUUGAGCUGAAAAAGUCGUUGGGGCAAGCGCGAAUACCGAACCCAGACCUGAAAACCGCGCUGGAAGUUUUGACUACUGGAAAGGUGUCUUGGAUGCCAGAUCUCGGAUACAUUCAGCCACCUCCUUUGACGCCAACGGAAAUUCUAAAAUCUCUCGAGAAUCUCAACACAAUUCUCUCCAUCCGCUUAAAUCUUGACGAGCACCAUAAGAUACCGUAUCAUUUCAAGGACUAUACGAUUCAAAACGGACGGGUAACUUUCAAAGUGAAGGGGGAGUUUGAAGUAGAUCUCACAGUUGCAGAUGAGGACCCGGAAAGUCAAUUCUGGUUCAUUGACUUCAAAUUCCUUUUCUCUCCAUCCGUUUCUGAUCUCGCGCCGCACUUACGCUCUCAUAUUGAGCAGCAGGUCAACAAGGCCCUGGCGGAAGAAGGUCUAACCGGAUGUUACAAAUAUCUACAUGGACUGGUACUCAGUCAUCAGAUUAGCGAGUUCAGAAGACAAGCAGUCGCCCUAUCGAGAGGUACCUGGGUAGAAACACUGGCAGUUGAACCUUUGAACAGAGCUUUGUCAAUUCAGUACUGGUUGAACAGAUACGGCCAAAAAGGACCCAAAAGCUGGAUCAUUCUCGGAGUUCACAGCGGGAAGCGGAAGACCGGUGUUCCUCAUCCAAAAGACACCCCUCGCUUAUUUCUUCGGUGGUUCCGAGAAGGCAAGGAAAUGAAGGAUGUAGAUAUUCCAUUCCAGACCGCUACGGUAUCAGCAGAGUCACUUCUAAAGACAGUGAUUGCGCAGCACAUCCGCCUUAUCUUGGAAGCGACGUACGACCAGUUGCUCAAGAAGCCAAUAUAUGCUAAGGGCGGGGCCAGAGUAGCAGUUUACCUCGAUAACGAACAGCCAUCAGAGUCCAAGCUAACUGUGCAGCUAACGAGCGAACGACAAGUAUUUAUCAAAAUCGAACCUAUUACUGGGCGCUGUAUCGUUGGUCCUGCAUCACGACUUACUGGGCUGCACGAGUUCAAAUUCAACCAAGACAUUCCAGAUGCGGACAAAUUCCUGCAUGCUCGCAUUGACGAGCUUCGCUAUGACGCAAUUGCAGAGUAUAUCAGUUCUCGUAGCGUGACUGCAGGAUGGCAUAGACUUCCAAAUCCUGGUCUAGGUAGGGAGGACCUGAAGGCUCUUGUGCCUGAAGGGACUGCGCAAGUUCUCUGGUUCAAGAGAAGCGGCUGGACCAAAAAUUGGCAUCUUGCGGUAUCAAUGGGCUCUACUGGGGAGAGCUGGUGGUUAAUCGAAACCACCGAGCCAACGCCUCAGGUUAUCUCCCAUGGUCCGAGAAAGAUCGAGAAGAAAAUGGUCGUGAAGAUUAUUAGUUUCAUCGCGGUCCCAAUCAAAAAUCGCUCGCCGCUACCGACCUAUAAAUUCUUGACGACUCUACAUGUCUUUACAGCAGCUCUAAUGUCCCACCACGCGAAUCUCAAAGCUCUAUACGAACGACGUGUGCAGCAUAUGCUACACGAAAGCAGAAAUGUUCGGAGUCCCAUGCAACUCCCUGCAAUAUUUGCCAGGAUAUCAAAUCUCGUGGACUGGAAAAACAAGACUACCAGAGACUUGGUCAAGCUCUCUUUUCAGGGCCUUGAGUCGUGUCGCUCAGCCAAGCUUGACGGUACACCACGGCAUGGUGCCGAGGCAUCUGGCCAGCCAAAUUCCCCGGAAAACAAUGUGGUCAUGAUCACUGAGGCGCGAAUCAAUAUUCCGGUUCCUGAUACACUUAAAACAAUGAAGGAAAACAUCGAUCAAGACAUCGCAUUUGAUUCAAAUACCGGCAUGCUUGCUCUACGCCUACGCAGCAAGAUUGGGGACUCAGUCAUUCCGACUCUAGUGGAACGUACCAUCCGCGUGUUCCGAUUGGUAGAGUUUGUCAAGGUGCUCCAAGAGCAUUCGGCGUCGCUAAAAUGUGAACAAAUAUCCCUUGGGAAGAUUACGUUCACUUAUGGUACCUCGAGAGCAGCGCAAGAUUUGGAUAAGAUGGACGAGGAUACCCCUUCGAAGCAGUACACUGCUAUGAUAGACUUCAGCGGCUCGGCCAAUUCUAUGUCACUAAUCUUAGAGAAGGGAAACCCUCAUCUCAUGAUCGCAGAUUUAUUGAGGAGCAUUCUGAAUGGCAAGGAAGGACUGGGAGGUGUCGCGACCCUGCUUCCUGUCACACUUCCUCUGCUCGCCGGGCUGGAUACUAUUGAGAUGGCCUGGGCAACCGUGUCGAAAACCAAGGGCGAGGUAUUUGUCUUGGUCCGGGCAACGGAUUGGUAUGAGAUCCGUUACAAUAUCCUUUCCGCCUCGAGCGACUCUAACAUAUCCACCAACCUUCGAAAGGUCACUUUCGAAAUCAAAUUACGACAUCGUGCCGGCGUGCCGUGGUGGGAUAUUCGAAGAUCAGAUCAGCAAGAUCCUUUAGGCGACGACAUCGAGGCGGUAUUAAAGCCUGUCUGGAACCUUAGCGGUACAGGAUUCCAAGGCAUGCGAGUAAGUAGUGUGGCUCAGCCUCAUGGUGCGGAGGAAAUUCUCGGGAAAAUUGAUGAUGCUUUGCGCAAUUUUGUCCUCUCGCAAAAACCUGCCAGUCUUUCGCCGUCAGCCACACAGAAAUCUCGACCACAAGGUCAACAACUGAGGCAGCACCAAACAGUGACACCGAACCCGAGCCAGCAAAGCCAGGGAAGAAACAACCAGUCACGUCGAGAGGUAGUAGAGAUCGAUUAG